AAGGAGUUUGCGCCAAAACAUCGACGAGCCAUAUUUAAAGUGAAGUCUUGUCUCGUUCUUAUAUUAUCCAAUAAUCGUGGAUUUUCCAAAUUUAUAUCUCUUUCCAAUCUAUCAAAGACAUACAAACAAUAAACAAUUCUUAGUCACCCGCGAACACAACAUCCUCUGCUUCUGCUUGUGAUUCGAGUGAAUACCCCGCGAUCGGAGUGAAUAUAUCUUCACAUUGUACAGAGACUUUUCCAUUUCACACCCUCAACGAAAAUGGAUCUCGUAAACCAGUAAGUACUGUCUUUCUCAUACAUUCUCCCUCUUGAGGCUGCCAUUGAAACCUAUUUCAACGGUUGGAGUUGUGAGUUUCGCACAGUUUGGCAGAAAACACUCUAGCAAUUCCGACUGUUCAAAGAAAGUCACAAUGAAAGUCCUCAAGAUGUUAUAUAUUGCAGAUGAAGAGAUUGAAGAGUACGAACCGUUCACUGACAAUAUCAAAAGCUUAGAAGGUAGAUUACUGUUCGCGGUACCGAAAAGUGAGUCAUGGCCACUCAAACCGAAUUCUAUAGUUGAGUCUAAUGGUUAAUGAAACUCGUAGAGGGAAGAUUAUUACAAGCAGCACUCAACUUACUCGAAGGUGCCGAUAUUCAGUUUAGACGUGAAUCAAGACUUGACAUAGCAUUGGUUAAGAAUUUACCAAUUGCGCUUGUCUUCCUCCCUGCUGCCGAUAUUCCUACGUUUGUUGGUGAGGGUCGAGUGGAUCUUGGUAUUACUGGACGAGAUACUGUUGCGGAACAUGCCACUGGGGUCGAAACCCAGAGGAGAGUGAAGUCGGAGUCAGGAACCACAACUCCUGUUGAGGAGGGUAAGGACAAAGGAUGUGUGGAGGUAAUGGAUUUAGCAUUUGGUUCUUGCAAGUUACAAGUACAAGUACCGGAGAAGGGGCCAUAUACAAAGCCAUCAGACCUUAUUGGAAAGAAUAUUGGUACCAGUUUUGUUAGUCUAUCCGAGGAGUUCUUCCGAGCUUUGGAGGCCGAGGCAGAUGGUGGUGCGGUUUCUGGACGCAAGUUGAAGACAAAGAUUAUUGAGCUUAGUGGCAGCGUUGAGGCUGCAUGCGCCCUUGGAGUUGCUGAUGGAAUUGUGGAUCUGGUUGGUGAGUAGAAACAAAUGGUUAGCUCUAAAAGUUUCAUGCUAAUAAGUUGUUAGAAUCCGGCGAAACGAUGAAAGCAGCAGGAUUAAAAGCCAUUGAUACAGUCGUAUCGAGUACAGCAAUUCUAGUUAAAUCCAAGAACCCAUCCAACCCAGCAUUAGUAGAUCUCAUUGCUUCUCGCAUUCGAGGUGUCAUCACUGCACAAAAAUACGUCUUGUGCCAGUAUAACGUUCAACGAACGGCCCUCGCAGAUGCAGUUAAGAUUACCCCUGGAAAACGAGCACCCACAAUAAACGCCUUGGAGGAGGAUGGGUGGGUGGCAGUUAGUGCAAUGGUUGAGAAGAAGAAAAUCGCCGUGGUUAUGGAUGAUUUGACAGACGUGGGAGCAACAGAUAUUUUGAUUCUCGAUAUUGCAAACACAAGAACUGGAUGAGGAUGAUGAGGGUGAGGAUAUUAACAUAUAGUGUGGCAAAUGAAUGAAAUUUGGAAUACUGGUGCGAGAUUUAGAGGACAAAGGAAUACCCAUUGAAUCUGCUUGAGCCUGGAGGGGUGGUUUGGAUAUCUCUGUCAUAUCUUGACUAAAACUUUACGGUGGAAAAUUCACAUGGUAUGGAAACCAAGGGACCCUGGGAUGGAUAGAUCAAUGGGACAUAACAGAUUCUUGAUAGAUAAUUCAUGCAUCAAGAUUCAAACUCCAUCACU